AUGCCACUUCGAGAGAGGCUUCGUAAGAUCAAAUCCGACACAAAGUUACGCUUCCUUCAAUCAAUAGAGCCGAAGGAUACGAAUGCGAAAACGGGAAAAUCGCCAACGCCGCCCGUUCAAAACACGCCGCAUGACUGGGUAUACCUAAAGACACUUUGCAAGUCAUUGGAUCAGGCCGCAAAGUCGUUCUCUCCUCUCAAGGGCGCUCUGACUGAUCUGAUUGAGUGUAUUGGCAUUUACGAGGCUGUGAUGCAGAAGCGGGAUGACUAUCACGCGCUAUACAAUGAGCUUGAAAAUUUAUUCCAAUUGCUGAAUGAUAGCUUCACCCUGAAUAUUCCACCAGUCAUGAACACAGCUAUAGAUUCCCUAUGCAGGUCCUUGCAAGAGGAAGUGGCAUUUAUACGUCAAAGGCAAGAUCGGGGAAAAAUACGUCUAUAUCUUGAGGCAAGUCACGACGUGGACGAGGUGUUGGCAUGCUAUCGCCGAAUUCAGAGCUAUUUGCAACGUAUCUCGCUUAACACAAAUAUGUCCACGUGGAAAAUAGUAGACGAGAUUGCUACGGACAAUCGACUUAAACACCUAUCGCCAUCACUCUCUGCUCGUUACAACUCUACGAAGGCGGUGGAACUGAAGCGCGGGCCUUGUACAAAGAACACGCGAGUCCAGCUACUGGCCCAGAUCCAUGAUUGGGUGGAAAGUUCGGGUCCAGGAUCGAUCUACUGGAUGAACGGUAUGGCCGGGACCGGCAAGACAACCAUUGGAUACAGCUUGUGCGAAGAACUCGACACUUGCCGAAAGCUUGCCGCAAGCUUUUUCUGCUCGCGACUCUUGCCAGAAUGCCGAGACAUCAACCUAGUAAUCCCAACUAUCGCAUAUCAGCUUGCACGUUCUUCCCAUCCGUUCCGAUGCGCGUUGUCAAACAUACUCGAGCAAGAUCCAGACGUACACACUAGCCUACCUUAUAUCCAGUUCGAAGCUCUAAUAUCAAAGCCGCUGCUCGAAAUUAAAGACGCGUUACCAGACAAUCUGGUAGUGGUGAUUGACGCGCUGGAUGAAUGCGAGAAUAAGGAGAGCACAAGUAGGAUACUAGAUGUACUUCUCACCAAGUCAGGCGGUCUCCAGGUCAAAUUCAUCGUGUCUAGCCGACCGGAGCCAGAAAUACGGGACGAAAUGAUCAAGCAAACUAAUCAAGCCGGGUCCCGAGUCGUACUUCACGAGCUGGACAAACAAAUAGUACAAACGGACAUUAAAGCAUAUCUACGAGAUGCUCUGGUACAAGCACAGGCAACCGAGGAACAAAUAUCAGCGCUGGCAGAGCGGGCGGGCAUCUUAUUCAUUUAUGCUGCUACGGUCGUACGGUACGUUGGGCAUGACGGGUUCCGCAGAAGCCACGCCCGGCUGGCCAAUGUAUUAGAAUCUUCAAGCAUGUCUGAGAACAAGCACAAGGAGAUCGACGAACUGUACAACGUCGUGCUACAAGCGGCACUCGGCGACCCCGAGUUGGAGAGCGGAGAAAAGAAAGAUAUGCAACUGGUACUUCACUCAGUCAUUUGCGCUCAGGAGCCACUUACUGUCAAUGCACUAUCACAAUUUCUACGGAUGAAGAAUGCCGAAUACGUGCGUGCUGCACUAAGUCCCUUAUGGUCCGUGUUGCACAUCUCUGGGUCUAGCGAAUUGGUUACUACCUUACGUGCAUCGUUCCCCGUCUAUAUGCUCGAUUCAUCACGUUCAGGAAAGUUUUACUGCGACUCGAAAGCUCACAACCAAAACAUGGCUUUACGAUGUUUCAAUCUCCAUAGGGAAAUACGCCCUCAAUUCAAUAUAUGUGGACUAGAGUCGUCGUAUAUACCCGACAACCAGGUGAAGGGGCUAGAAGAGCAAGUACAGAAGGCUAUAUCGGAUGGACUACUGUAUGCCUCACGAUACUGGGGGACCCAUGUGCAAUAUUCGGCUGGGGAUACUUGUUUGAUAUCAGAGCUGGAGGAGUUCCUAUCGGUGCGGCUGCUGCUAUGGAUGGAGGUGAUGAACCUGAAGAAAUACACAGAAGAAAUGCCGAAAGUCCUUCAAAUCGUCGAGAGAUGGGAAGCGGAGCGGUCACCCGAGCUCAACGCGCUUAUCCACGAUGCUUGGCGGUUCACCUCAACCUUUAUGCAUGGAGCAGUGUCCGAAAGUACCCCUCAUAUCUACACAUCAAUGCUUCCGUUCUGGCCAGAAUCUAGUCCAAUUUUCAAGGCUUAUGGAAGGUAUACACAUAGGAUGAUGCGUGUUGAAGGAACAGCAGUUGGACAGCGCUAUCAUGGACUUUUGGCCACAUGGACCUAUGGCGGCUCCAUAACUUCAUCAGCGCUCUCCCCGGAUGGGACUCAAAUCGCUGCAGGCGUUUGGUUUGAUGUCUUGCUCCUUGACUCAUCAACCGGCCAAAGACUUCUCCCUCCGCUCGAAGGACAUGGUAAUUACAUACGCUGCAUUGAUUUCUCCCCAGAUGGAAGGCAUAUAGUUUCCGGCUCGGACAAUGGCUCCGUUUAUGUGUGGAGUACUCGGGACGGAGAGGCUGUAAUAGGACCUCUAGCAAAUGAUUGUGGCCUUUCCUCAGUCGCCUUUUCUCCAGAUGGUGCUCAUAUUGUGUUCGGAACAUCAUCCGGAGAUAUUUACAUUAGAGAUGGUAGUAAUGGGGAUUUUGUGAUCGAUAUCCCAUCUCCAUACGAUAAUUGGGUAUCAUCAGUCAAAUACUCGCCUGAUGGGCGUUGUAUAGUGGCCAGCUCUGGUUGGGCCCUAAGUGGUGAUACUCCCGUCCUAAUAUGGGACGCUCAAACAGGGACUGUACUCAGGACGCUUGCAUUGGAAGAUAGCCCCAGCCAUUUUAGCUUUGCAGAUAUCUCUCCUGAUGGCACUCGUAUCGCCGCCGGGUCCACGGAAGGUUGCGUAUACAUAUGGGAUUUUCAGACUGGGCAAGUCACGCUAGGUCCGUUAAUAGUCCCAGGAGCCGAUACUGCUAUCAAACGGGUUUCCUUUUCAUCUGACGCCUCUCGCCUUCUUUCUGGCUCAGCGCAUGGUACUAUAUGGAUAUGGGAUACUCAUAGUGGUGACCUAAUACUUGGUCCUCUCGAACGCCAUACGGGCGCCAUCACAUUGUUGAAGCUUUUACCAGACAAUAAUCACUUUAUCUCCGGUUCGAUGGAUGACAACUUGUGUUUAUGGGAUACCCGUAGCAUGAUGCCAACACCCGACCCACUCCAGGGGCACGUAUCCAUGGUCACUGGGGAAAUGGCUCUUGGUCCAACAGAAGUAAACCAUACGUACUCCGAAGCCAAGUUCUCGCCCGAUGGCGCUCACAUCGUCCUUGUUUUGUCCGAUGGUGUUUUAUUGCUAGAUUCCCAUACCGGUGACAUUGCUAUGGGUCCUUCGAAGCUACCUGGAUCCAUUCAAUCCAUAGUCUUCUCUCCUGAAGGAGCCUGCAUCGCUUCCAGUACAGCUAACAACAUCGCAAGGAUAUCAGCAGUCGGCACAGGUCAAUCUCUUAUGACAUUUCACCUCCAGCCAAGUGAUGCCAAGGAUAGCCGCUCUAGUACCACUUCUGUUGAAUCACCCUCGCUGGCCGAUUGCAUUACAGCUGCAAGUGAUAUCGGGAGCGGCGCAUCCCGUAUUACCUCUGCCGAAUUAUCCAAGGACUUCACUCUGAUUGCUAUUGCCUCGGACGAGGCUCUCUGCAUUCAUGCUACUCAUGAUGGGCGUGUGAUUUCUGGUCCAUUUGAUGUGCGUCUUUACACGUAUACAUCGAUCAAAAUUUCCCAAGACAAUGCCCUUAUCGGUUACAGCACUGAGGCCGGCUCUCUGGUCGUAAGGGAUGUGCAAAGUGGAAGUGAAUUACUUGAGUUGCAGGAGGAUGGCCUUCUUUCGCGAGGUUUCGAUUUUUCUCCAGAUGGAUCCCAUAUUGUCGCUAUAUCGAGCGCAAUGGACGUAUGCGUUUGGAGCACUCAAACAGGUCAACUUGUGUUCGGCCCACUCAGCGGCCAUGCCGACUUGGUGUUGUCGGUAGCGUUCUCACCAGAUGGCAAACAUAUCAUCUCUGGCUCAAGAGAUACGACAAUUCGGGUGACCGACAUACAGCCUUUUUCAACCUCCUUUGGCGGAAGACUUCGGGGAAUGGGAAAUGAGAAGGAAUGGGUGGAUAGUAGAUGGGCUCUCGAGGCUAUUGGUCUGGAUUCCUGGCGAUUUGAGAACAGUACUAAUGCGGCCGCGAACAAAGCUAUUAAUAUCGAGGAAAGGCUAUCUUCGGGUCAAUUUUGA